AGAGACUCUUUAGCAUUCUCGUGUCAUGUGUAACGGCCUCUGUUUCUUUCUCUCUAUAAAUAUCUUCUUCCUCAUUUCUCAAUCCUCUGUGUAUCUCUCUCUACCGACUCUGAACCUAUAGAGCCAACGAAACAAGAAGAUUCAGAGGACAGUGAACAAAGAAGAGUAAUUCUCAACUCCUUCAUUCAUUUGUUCAUUUGUUGAUUCUUUACUCCGACUAUGAGGAUUGUACGUGCGACGGAGACGUUCUCGGCGGAGCUCAAGGAGUUCAUGUGCGCCGCUGUGCAAAGGAGGAGAGACGAUGACGGAUUUAGAGGCUCUCGUGGUGGUGGUAAAUCAAGAAAUGCCAUGGAUCUGGAUUCUGACUCCGGAAACAGAUUGGUUUGUGUAACUGGUGGUGUUUCUUAUCUUGGUCGUGCCAUCGUUAAACGUCUUCUUGUUCAUGGAUACUCCGUUAGAAUCGUCGUUGAUUGUCCAGAGGACAAAGAGAAAGUGAGCGAAAUGGAAGCCGACGCUGAAACGGCGUCGUUUAGCAACAGGAUUACUUCAGUGGUUUCUCGAUUAACAGAGAUCGAGAGUUUGCUUAAGGCGUUUGAUGGUUGUGCUGGGGUUUUCCACACUUCUGCGUUUGUUGAUCCUGCUGGAGUCUCUGGAUAUUCGAAAUCAAUGGCAGAAUUAGAAGCAAAAGUGAGCGAGAAUGUAAUCGAAGCGUGUACAAGAACAUCCUCAGUGAGAAAAUGUGUCUUCACAUCAUCUCUCUUAGCCUGCACUUGGCAAAACAAUACCUACAACAAUCUUGAUUACUCUGUUAUCAACGAAGAAAGCUGGAGCGACGAACAACUCUGCAUCGAUAACAAGCUUUGGUAUGCACUUGGAAAACUCAAAGCCGAGAAAGCUGCGUGGAGAAUUGCGGAUUCAAAAGGAUUAAAGCUUGCAACUAUAUGUCCUGCUCUUAUAACUGGUCCUGACUUCUUCAACCGUAACUCCACUUCAACCUUAGCUUAUCUCAAAGGAGCAAAAGAGAUGUAUAGUAACGGAUUAUUAGCGACAAUGGAUGUGAACAAGUUGGCUAAAGCUCACGUAUGUUUGUGGGAAGGUUUGGGUAAUAAAACUGCGUUUGGUAGAUACAUUUGUUUCGACACCAUUCUCUCUAGAGAUGGUGCUGAAAAACUUGCUAAAGAUAUCGGUGUUCAAAUCGAAAAGAUUUGCGGUAACAACAACGAUUCAGACGCAAACGCAGAAACAGAUGCUUCUUUACAAAUAUCAGAUAAAAAGCUUUUAGACCUUAUGUCAAGAACUCUACGAAGUUGCUACCAUGAAAGUUAGCUAGACACGACAAAAAUUUUAAGGAGCAAUUCUAAGCUGUUGACGUGGUGUUUUGCUCUUAUUCUUUUCUUCUUUUUAUAAUUAUGCUUUCUUCUUGUUUAAUUUUCUUAUAAUGAUAAUCAUUCAUCAAUAUCAAAUAAAAAAAUGAUAAUCAUUGUUAUUUGUACGAAUGUGGUUUGUGUGGAGGGAGGUUGUUGUAAAGGGCCGGUAGAGUUGGUAUUCGUUGAAAAUUUUUAAAUUAUUGGAAAAAUUUAUACUAUUUUUUCCUA